CAGCCGCCGGCUGCGGGGACGUGUGUCUCUAGUGCAGUUUCCCCUUUCGUUCGGUCGUCUUGGCGCAGUCUCCGCUGACUCGCGCCCCUUCCCCGGGCGGCGACCCCGUCGCCCUCUCCGCUUCCCAGCCCGGCCCUCCCCCGCGUCCACCCUGUCCCCCGGGCGCCCCACCCCGCCCCCCGACUCCUUUUAUCAGGGGCGCCGCCGUCUCACCUGGUAUUUGCAUCUCGCCCUCCAACUUGCCAUUGGCGGCGCGACGUGUGGGAGAGCCCUGCGCCUCGCCCGCCCGGACCAGCCUGCCCCGGCGCCGAGCUCGCUCCUGUGGUUGGCCCAGUAUGCAGUCUUGAGCCUGCUGGAGGCCACCCCCUACUCCAGCUCUCUACGUGGCUGGGGGAGGCACUAAGCAUCUCCUCACUAAGAAAGCACUGCAGCUCCAGAGAGCUUGGGAGACCUGCUGUCAGCUCUCCGAGCGGACAGUAUGGCCAUUACCCUACAGCCCAGUGACCUGAUCUUUGAGUUUGCAAGCAACGGAAUGGAUGACAUCCACCAGCUAGAAGACCCUUCGGUGUUCCCAGCUGUGAUCGUGGAGCAGGUACCCUACCCCGAAUUACUGCAUCUGUACUCAGGACUGGAGCUGGAUGACGUUCACAAUGGCAUCAUAACAGAUGGGACCUUGUGCAUGACUCAAGACCAGAUCCUGGAGGGCAGCUUUUUGCUGGCAGAUGACAAUGAGGCCACCUCACACACCAUGGCAACCACUGAAGUCUUACUCAACGUGGAAUCUCCCAACAACAUCCUGGAUGAGAAGCAGAUCUUCGGCGCCUCCGAAAUGCUUCCGGACUCAGACCCUGCUCCAGCCUCGACCGUGCCCAACUACCUGUUUCCUACCUCGGAGCCCGAUGCCCAGAACGGGGCAGGUGACGCCGGGGACCAGGAGGAGCAGUCUCUGGAGGAGAGAGCCCCCAGAGAGGAAAGUGCCAAGAAGACUGGGAAAUCAAAGAAGAGAGUCCGGAAGACAAAGGGCAACCGAAGCACCUCCCCUGUCACGGACCCUAGCAUCCCCAUCCGGAAGAAGUCGAAGGAUGGCAAAGGCAGCACCAUCUACCUGUGGGAGUUCCUCCUGGCGCUCCUGCAAGACCGAAACACCUGUCCCAAGUACAUCAAGUGGACCCAGCGAGAGAAAGGCAUCUUCAAGCUGGUGGACUCCAAAGCUGUGUCCAAGCUGUGGGGAAAGCAGAAAAACAAGCCCGACAUGAACUAUGAGACGAUGGGGCGGGCACUAAGAUACUACUACCAAAGAGGCAUCCUGGCCAAAGUGGAAGGGCAGAGGCUGGUGUACCAGUUUAAGGAGAUGCCCAAGGACCUGGUAGUGAUUGAAGAUGAGGAGGAGAGAAGUGAAGCCCCGGAAGCACCCCCUCAGGCCACCACGUCCUCCACGAGCUCCACCAGAAGAGCCAGCUCCAGGGUGUCAUCCAGGGCUGCCCCCCAGGGCAAGAGCGGCCCUUCGUGGGAGAAGCCAAAGCUCCAGCACGUUGGUCUACAGCCAUCUUCGAGCCUGGAAUUGGGACUAUCUCUGAAUGAGGAGAUCCCCACUACCUCCACCAUGCUUGUCUCUCCGGCAGAGGGCCAGGCCAAGCUCACCAAGGCUGUGAGUCCUUCAGUGCCCAGCAACAUCCAACUGGGAGUGGCCCCUGUGGGGUCGGGCUCGGCCGUGACCCUGCAGACCAUCCCGCUGACUACGGUGCUGACCAACGGGCCUCCUGCCAGUACUGCUGCUUCCACUCAGCUUGUUCUCCAGAGUGUCCCGCCCGCAUCUUCCACAUUCAAGGACACCUUCACUCUGCAGGCCUCCUUCCCCCUGAACACUAGCUUCCCAGAGAACCAGGUGGCAGCACCAGGGGCCCCACUGAUUCUCAGUGGCCUCCCUCAGCUUCUGGCUGGGACCAACCGUCCGACCAACCCAGCACCACCCCCUGUCACGGCUGCUGGACCAACAGGGCCCAGCUCUCAGCCCCCCGGGACUGUCAUUGCUGCCUUCAUCAGGACUUCCGCCACCACAGCAGCCCCAGGGGUCAAGGAAGGGCCACUGAGGUCCUCCUCCUAUGUGCAGGGCAUGGUGACUGGGGCCCCCAUGGAAGGGCUGCUGGUUCCUGAAGAGACCCUGAGGGAGCUCCUGAGAGAUCAGGCUCAUCUUCAGCCACUUCCAACCCAGGUGGUUUCAAGGGGUUCCCACACUCCGAGCCUUAUGGGAAACCAGACUUUCUCUCCCCCUAGCCGCCCCACUGUUGGGCUGACCCCAGUGGCUGAACUUGAGCUCUCCUCAGGCUCAGGGUCCCUGUUAAUGGCUGAGCCUAGUGUGACCUCAUCCGGGAACCUGCUGACCAGAUCCCCAACCCCAGCCCCCUUCUCUCCAUUCAAUCCCACUUCCCUCAUUAAGAUGGAGCCCCAUGACAUAUAAACAAAGGGGUCAGAAGUAGGACCCGUGAGGCGAAGCUGAGCAGCAGUUUUACACAGACUGACUUAUGUAGCGUACCUGCCCUUACCUUUCCAUGGGAUUCAACACACCAGAUCCUCAGUGCCCCAUGCCUGCCUGGCACUGCCAUGGCCAAGCUCUGUCCAGUUUGAGCAUCCCUGGCAUCAGGCCACGGCCUUCAGGAGGAUGUGUUCUUGGCAGGAUAAUGGGCUGGCUUGGUGAUGGAGGGAAAACUGGAGUCAGGGACAAGCCUGUGGCCAGGACUGGCACAGAAACUUCGUGAGAAGAGCCGGGCCUGGCUGCAUCUCGCCAUCCACAUUCCCUGCACAGGGAAUUUACUAUCCCAUAUGUGAAUAUCUCUGUAUGUAUCUGUGUGAGUAUAUUUGUGGGUCUCUGUCUUCCUUUUGGGGGGAGGAUGGGGUGCAGCUAUGUGGUCUUCAAGGUGUGUGCGUGUCCUUCUGUGGGUCAGAGAUGGGGAUCUUUUUUAAGGGAAAACAUCCUCUAGUGCUCAAGAUUCAGUUACUUCGAGGCUAUGGGGCACAGGUUGGAUCGCCAGAUCUAGAGAUGUCACAGAGCUGGGUCAGGCCCAGGUAAGAGAGCUUCAGUGGGUGCACCCGUUGGGGAAGACACACUGCUGGAGGACAGCACAGCUCAUUGGGGUAAAACCACAAGGGGAAGGGAGAGAAGAGAACUCAGGCCUGGGAGCGACCCCCAGAGGCUAGGCCAAUGUCCUUUUUCUGGAGUUUGCCUCGUUGCUGGCCACUGGCACCAUGCCGGCAGACUGGGACUUGGGCCACCCUAGAGGACUUUGCUGGAGAAGUAGUCAGGGCAGAGCAGCCCUCUAGAGUCAGACCUGGACAUGAAGUCCCCGGUCAGGGCUCAGUUAAUAGUGAAUGUCUGUGCCAGGGUCUUGGGCUGUUUGUGUGAGACCAGCUUCAUGCCAGGCAACAGUCCCAGCUGGCAUGCUGCCCUGAGUGCCCUGCCCUGGGUUACCUGGUCAUUACUUCUCCCCUGAGAUUUCCUAGCUGCCAGGCGCUGCCAGGCACUGCUGGGGGCAGUGGGAUGGUGACCCAGCUGGGGUCUGCUUCCAUUUCUGGAGAGGUGCCACCACCUCGUCCCUGCUGUCCAGCCUUCCUUCUCACCUCUGGCGUGCCAGCCUCUCCUCAUUGCCACCUCUCAGACGUAACUGUUCCUCCUUUGCCACGAGAGCAGGGCUCAGCUGACAUGCCCUCCCACGGCACCUCUCCAGCUCCUCGCUUCCCUCGCAUUGCUAUCUGGGGAAGGGUCAGCCUACCCUCUCCAAGUCAGCCCCUCAGCUGAGGGACUGUCCCCCUCCCUCUCUCCCACUGAAUGUGCUUGCCCCCUCUCGCCAACUUUGGGGGCAAAGCCAUGAAACAUUGAGCUUGGGAGCAACUUUACUCUCUGGUGAAUUUGGUUAAUGUGAAUCAGUGCCUCAGGACCUUUGCUUCGUUCUUGGCACAAAAGCACCCACUUGGCCUAACUACCUCCCCUGGCUGUGCUUUUCUCUUCCUCUUGUGGGCAUCAUUCUCGCACUCUCUUCCUGCUCCUUCCCCGGGGAGGGACCAUAUAUGGCAUGCAGGUGUGUUUCCAACUGUUCCCAGCACUUGGCAUCGAAGUGCCUUUUUCUAAUAAAAUCAGCUUCUGAUGACAAUCUCCUGAUGGCUGAAAGUAAGCAUCUUGAGAAAGGAUCCCUGGUUUUGAAAAAGCAAAUUGCACAAAGGCAGGGCAUGGGUUAGGGGGUAGCCCUGCCCCUGUCUGAAAUCUGCUUUCUGGCCCCACACCCCUGUCAACUCUACAGACACCUAUCAUCCCAAAGACCUCAGUACCCCAUGCUGAGAUCCCGUGUCUCCUCAGUUCUGACUGGCACUUGCUGGGCCCUCCUCACCACCGUCCUUUCUCUGCACCUGGGCAGGCUCCUCACUUGCCACUUGAAACCUGGGCAUUCCCCGAGGGUCUCAUCGUUCUCACUGGCUGGUUCUUCUGGAUGAGUCUUGGAUGGGCGGCUCCAGCCCUGUCUUUCUGCUAAACCCCUGGCUUGUCUAGUGAUCUGCCGGAUAAUUUCACCUAAAUGUCUCUCAGCCCCUCUAUCAAAUGUGGAUCUUUAACUUCUUUCCACACUCACAAAAAGAAAAAACAAACCCAAGGAGAAGGCCACCAGGACUUUUCUAUUUCUGUUAAUGACAUCACCAUCUUCCUGCCCUCCUGAGCCUGAACUUUAGAGCUACCUGAUAGCUGCCUUCACCUGGGCCUGCCCCCUCUCCCUUCUGAAGUUCAGCGCAGUUACAGCGCCUCCAAAAUCCGGCCUGUCUUGCGCAUUCUCAGACCCUCUAGCCUGCUCAUACCACCUGGAACUGCUCCUCUCUGGACACAUCAGUGCCCCACCCAGGGUGACCUGUCACCCUCUCCAAUCGAUCACAGCACCAACCCUGUUGUUACGCCUUCAGCGACUCCUGGCCUGCAGGUAGGGUGACACUUGAAGUACUUCGCUCCUUUCUAGAAGCCCGGCAUUAACGGUUCAGUUGCAGGACCACGGGGAGCUGCAGGAGGGACAGGAGAGCACUUGCGGAUCUCAGGGGAGUAAGUGCUGAAGUACCUUAAGUUCAGGCAUCAGCUCCACACGCAGAGCCCCAAGUCCUCGGCCCUUCACCAUUGGUCCUGUCUGACUUCCCAGCCCACACACACUGCACCUUCCUCCACCCCAGUGUACCGCUCCAAACUGCUGGGUUUGCUCAUCUUGGAACUUGCAUUUGUUUAUAAUGUCCCCCCUCUGCUUUUCCUUUCCCAGGCUUUUUGCAACAGGAAUGUUCUUCACAUUCCCCUCAUACCAACUAAAUUGUGUGGGUCCUCACGACUCAGCUCAUGGAAACUGCCUCCCCACAGCAGCCUAUCCUUCAGUGAGCUCUUCAUUCUAAACUCAUUGCAAUAUUAUUCUUUGACCAACUCAUCAUGAACAACCUUUGACACCUCCUCUAUUAUAAACAUGAACUGUUACUUAAAGUUUCGCUGACCUGCACCUAUUUAGCCAGCCCAAUCGGUGUUACCUCCUGAGGGCCAGAGGGGCCUGGAUCCCCACAGAACAGGGCACACUGACCGAGAUGAGCAUCAAGGAAUGGCUACUGACUGUGCUGGUGGGAGAUGGGGACCAGACUUUAAGGCAGGUGACCCCUGCACAAGCACACACUUACCCUAGGGGCUCCACUGCUGGGCCUACCCUCCUCAGCUCAGUGCCCUCGUGGUACCCGUGCCCUCUUAGCAGCUGAGGCGUGCUACUACUUUCAACGUCCUCUGUCCCUACAAAACCUCCCUGUCCAGUUUCUUGCCCACUCAAAGUGUUAAAGUAGCUAAUCUGAUAAACUAACCUGUGCAGAUGUUAUGGGAGUAAGAGGAGAACCCCAGCAGACAGGUUCUAUCGCCAGCUGUGUGGCAGCACCCCUGCCUUUGUGAUGCUUUGAUAGAGUCAGGAGUUGAGUGAUGGUCCUUACCUCCCAGCAGCUGAUGUGUUACUCCCUCCUCAGGCUCCCAUGGCACUUGUAUAUACCUCUUAUUGUAGCAAUAGCACAUUGUAGCUCUUAAUAUUAUGUGUUUAUGUAUGUUUCCCCUCCAGUAGCCUGUGGGCUCCUCAAGGACAGGGACUGUGUGUUAGACACUGUUGUAUCCACAGCGCCUAGCACAGUGCCUGGCACAUAGUAGGUGCUCAAUAAAUGUUUAUUGAAAGGAUG